AUGAAUAAAUUAAUAAAUUAUAAUUUAAUUAAAAACUGUAAAAGUAAUAAAUUAAUUUUUCGACCAAAUAAUCAAAGAUAUUUUACAAAGGUUAAUUUAUCAACACCAUUUAUAAGUAAUCCAUUAAAUAAAGAAGAUAACCAUAAUGAUUAUGAUGAAAAUAAUAAUAAUAAUAAUAAUAAUAAUAAUAAUAAUAAUAAUAAUAAUAAUAAUAAUAAUAAUAAUAAUAAUUUAGAAAAUAAAAAUAUUGGUACAAUUGGUAAAGAUAAUAUUGAUAUAAUUAAUAAACAAAAGAAUGAGAAAAUUGUAUCAACAACAUCAACAAUUAGUAAAAUAUUUGAUGAAGAAUCAUUUUCAAAACCAUCAUCAUCAUCAUCAUCAUCACAAAAUAAUAAUCAAAAUCCAAGUAGUUUCACAACGGAUGGAUUAAAAUCAUUAAAUGUUUUAACGAUUGAUAUAAAUGGUAAUAGAUCAGAGGAAAGAUUUUAUAAGGGUAGUUUAUCGAAUGAAUUAAAAUUACAAGCUCGUGAUUUACGUACGAUCGAUCCAUCAUUUCCACCACAAAUGCCAACGAUUUUAGUUAGAGAUAAAGUUAUAUUAAUUAGUAUUGGUUGUGUUAGGGCCAUUGUGCAAUAUAAUAGAGUAUUGCUAUUCGAUACAGGAAACACUCAAAUAAAGGAUGAAACUGCCAUUGGUAUUCAUGAAUCAUUAACAUCACAAGGUACAGAAUACUUACCAUUACCAUUUGAAUUUAAAGUAUUUGAAUCUAUAUUGGAUUUAAUUUGUAGAAAAUUAGAAUUUGAAUUUAGAAGAAUGCAAUCAUUGAUAGAGAAGGAAUUGCAAAUGUUAAAUGAGAAUCCUGAACAUAAUUUAGAGGAACUAUUGUUGUAUCAUAAAAAAGGUCUCAAUCAAUUUGAAGUUAAAAUAAAGGAGAUCAUAGACGCAAUCACCGAUCUAUUGGAGGCCGAUGAGGAUAUGGCAUUGAUGUAUCUUUCAUUUCGUCAUGCAACUGGUGGUGCAAGAAAAAAGAAUCAACACGAUGAAAUUGAAAUCCUCUUGGAAACAUACACAAGACAAUUGGAAUUACUAUCGAGUAAUAUUUCACAACUUAAGGAAACAUUAAAUUCAACUGAGGAAUUCGUAAAUUUUCAAUUGGAUACUGCAAGAAAUAAAAUGAUGAGAAUGAAUCUUAUGUUAAGUUUAGUGACCAUUUCAACAGGUCUUGGUAGUGUUAUAGCCGGUACAUUUGGUAUGAAUCUCAUUUCAGGAUUUGAGCAACACCCAUUGGCAUUCCCAAUUGCUUGUGGCUCAAUUGCAUGUAUUGGUGGUUUAACUUUUAUUGGUUUGAAAUACUAUUGUCAUGUUAAAAAUAUUUUACCUUAUACAAAGAAAACACCUGCUCAUUUAGCAUUGGGUUUAGGUUUUAGAAAUGACUCUUUCAUUAACCCAUUACGUGAUAAUUUAAUUUUAAAAGAACAAUCACAACAAAUCUUAAAAGAACAACAACAAUCCUUAUUUAAUACCAACACCAAUACCACCAACACCACCAAUACUUCAAAUAGCAAUAUUUUUAAUUCAACAAAUGACUCAUCUAAAGCUAACAAUAUUCAAUAUCAUAAAGAUAUUGAUUUUAAUGAACAAAUUAAAAUUGAUCAACAAAAUAAAAAAAUUCAAAAAGUUAAUAAAAUUCAACAAUUUCAACAAGCACAACAACAAUUUCAACAACAACUUUCAAAUCAAUACAUUGUAGAGUUACAACAACAAAUUCAACAACAACAUCUUCAAAUUGAAAAAUUACAAGAACUUCAAUAUCAAUUAAUUAAAAAUCAACAAAAUACUCAAUUAUCACAACAAAAAAUACUUUCAAAUAAUUUAUUAACAACAAAUGAAUCAACAAAUGAUGAUACUUCUAUAAUUGAAGAUGAUUUAACUUUGAAUUCAAGUUUAAAUAAUAAUCAAAAUAAUCAAAAUAAUAAUAAUCAAAAUAAUAAUGAUAAUCAAUUUAUUCCAACUUAUCAACAACAAAAACAACAAUCCCAUCAAUUAAAACAUCAAUCUCAAAAAUAUAAUCAUCCUCAAUUAGCUCCAAAUUUAUUAUCAUUUUGGAAAGUUAUACAAGAAGAAUCUGUUAUAAAUUCUGAUGAUACUACUAGGAAUAAUAUUAAUAUUAAUAAUAAUAAUAAUAAUAACAGUAACAAUAAUAGUAGUUUUUUAAGUUCAACGUCAAAUAGAAAAAAUUUAUGA